AGUAUCUACAAUCACUAACAAUGCUUUCCGCUAGAUCCAUUGCUAGAACCUCCCGUCGUAGCCUUGCCACGGCCGGUUUGACCAGAGACUCCCAGGUCAACCAAAAUCUUCUCGAAACCCACUCCUUCAUUCAAUACAAGAAGCACUUGGAGAAUGUUGAAAUCGUUAAGAACAGAUUAAACAGACCAUUGACUUACGCUGAAAAGCUUUUGUACGGUCACUUGGAUGACCCACACAACCAAGACAUCGAAAGAGGUGUCUCUUACUUGAAGUUGAGACCAGACAGAGUCGCUUGUCAAGAUGCCACCGCUCAAAUGGCCAUUUUGCAAUUCAUGUCUGCUGGUAUGGAUGCUGUUGCCACUCCAUCUACCGUCCACUGUGACCAUUUGAUUCAAGCUCAAGUUGGUGGUCCAAAGGAUCUUGCCAGAGCCAUUGACUUGAACAAGGAAGUUUACGACUUUUUGUCUUCUGCUUGUGCCAAGUACAACUUAGGUUUCUGGAAGCCAGGUUCCGGUAUUAUCCAUCAAAUCGUCUUGGAAAACUACGCUUUCCCAGGUGCUUUGUUGAUUGGUACUGACUCCCACACUCCAAACGCUGGUGGUUUGGGUCAAUUAGCCAUCGGUGUCGGUGGUGCUGAUGCCGUCGAUGUUAUGGCUAACCUUGCUUGGGAAUUGAAGGCCCCAAAGAUUAUCGGUGUUGAAUUGACCGGUAAGAUGUCUGGUUGGACUUCUCCAAAGGAUAUUAUCCUUAAGCUUGCUGGUAUCACUACCGUUAAGGGUGGUACCGGUGCCAUUGUUGAAUACUUUGGUUCUGGUGUUGAAACCUUCUCUUGUACCGGUAUGGGUACCAUCUGUAACAUGGGUGCCGAAAUUGGUGCUACUACUUCUGUUUUCCCAUUCAACAAGUCUAUGGUUGACUACUUGGAUGCCACUGGAAGAUCCAAGAUUGCCGAAUUCGCCGGUUUGUACAAGAAGGACUUCUUGUCUGCUGAUGAAGGUUGUGAAUACGAUCAAGUCAUCAAGAUUGACUUGAACACUUUGGAACCACACGUUAACGGUCCAUUCACCCCAGAUUUGGCUACUCCAAUCUCCAAGAUGAAGGAAGUUGCCAAGGAACACGGAUGGCCAAUGGAAGUUAAGGUUGGUUUGAUCGGUUCUUGUACCAACUCUUCUUACGAAGACAUGACCAGAGCUGCUUCCAUUAUUAAGGAUGCUGCUUCCCACGGUUUGAAGUCUAAGUCUAUCUACACCGUCUCCCCAGGUUCUGAACAAGUUAGAGCCACCAUUGCCAGAGAUGGUCAAUUGAAGACUUUCGAAGACUUCGGUGGUGUUGUCAUGGCUAACGCCUGUGGUCCAUGUAUCGGUCAAUGGGACAGACAAGACAUCAAGAAGGGUGACAAGAACACUAUUGUCUCUUCUUUCAACAGAAACUUUACCUCCAGAAACGAUGGUAACCCAGCUACCCAUGCUUUCGUUGCCUCUCCAGAAAUCACCACUGCUUUCGCUAUCUCUGGUGACUUGGGUUUCAACCCAAUCACCGACACCUUGAAGGAUGCCGAAGGUAAGGAAUUCAUGUUGAAGGAACCACAUGGUGUUGGUUUGCCAGUUAACGGUUACGAUGCUGGUGAAAACACUUACCAAGCUCCACCAGCUGACAGAUCCACUGUUUCCGUUCAAAUUGCCCCAACUUCCGACAGAUUGCAAAAGUUGACUCCAUUCAAGGCUUGGAAUGGUAAGGAUGCUGAAAGAUUACCAAUCUUGAUUAAGGCUGUUGGUAAGACUACCACCGAUCAUAUCUCUAUGGCCGGUCCAUGGUUGAAGUACCGUGGUCACUUGCAAAACAUCUCCAACAACUACAUGAUUGGUGCUACUAACGCUGAAAACGGUGAAGUUAACAACGUCAAGAACCACUACACUGGUGUUUACAAGGGUAUCCCAGAAACUGCUGCUGACUACCGUGACGCUGGUCACACUUGGGUUGUCAUUGGUGACGAAAACUUCGGUGAAGGUUCUUCCAGAGAACACGCUGCUUUGGAACCAAGAUACUUGGGUGGUUUCGCCAUCAUUACCAAGUCUUUCGCUCGUAUCCACGAAACUAACUUGAAGAAGCAAGGUUUGUUGCCAUUGAACUUCGUUAACACUGCUGACUACGACAAGAUCCAACCAGAAGAUGAAGUUGACAUUGUUGGUUUGACCACCUUGACUCCAGGUAAGAACUUGGUCUUGAGAGUUCACCCUAAGGAUGGUGAAACUUGGGAAACCGAAUUGUCUCACACCUACAACAAGGAACAAAUCGAAUGGUUCAAGUACGGUUCUGCUUUGAACAAGAUGGCUGCUAGUGCUAAAUAAAUCUAUUGAUUUAAGCCCCUUUGUUCAUGUAUUUAUUUAACCGUCAUCAAUUCAAUAGGAAUACAUUUAAUGUUAUUGAGUAA